UGUGUAUGUCGCACGCAGGCAGCAUACUAUAUUUUGACAUCUUAUUGGUAGUGAUGCAAUACUAAUAUUCCUAUCAAAGCGUGAAAAUUAAUUCUAUUAAACAUGUCGCACAAAACUUUAAUUGAUUUCGUAGUGAAAUACCACACGCCGCGGUUAUUAAACAACAUAGUAUUCUUUCCGAGCAAUGGGAAUUCAUAUUUUGGAAGACGUCUGGUUGUCCCUGCGAAAACGGUAGCUGCAACAGCGGUAUCUCCAAGAAACUUCAGCACAACUAGAACCAAAUUCACAGAUGUACAAGCCACCGAACAGAUGCAGAUACAAGGCAAAUUCCAACUAAUGUAUACCUGCAAAAAAUGUAAUACCAGAAGCACAAAGUUCAUCACAAAACUUGCCUACUACAAGGGAGUCGUGAUCGUGAAUUGUGAUGGUUGUGAGCAUAGACACCUGAUUGCUGAUAACUUAAAUUGGUUCAGUGAUAUGAAUGGAAAGAAAAAUAUAGAAGAUAUCAUGGCGGAGAAGGGAGAAACGGUUCAGAAGAUUUUGUCAGAAGAUCUUGAGUUUAUUGCAACCGAAAUGGUCAAGAAUAUAGAGAAAUCUGAAGCUGAAGAGUUAGCCACAUUACCAAAGCUAUGAGGAGAUGUAACCUGUAAUUUUUAAUUCAAUAAUUUUCUGUCAAUAUUUAAAUGACAACAUGCUGUUUGUAAUAAACAAUUUUUGUUGCAUUUUAAAGUUGAACUAACAUUUGAAGGCACUGUAAUUCAAUUUAUUCCAGAUAUAUAAUGUUAAAUUAGUCUAUAUGUAUUCCAAUCUUCACUACUGUGGUUUAGCAACUAUUUAGAACAACGGACUCAGUUCUAAGAUGAGUAUAGUAUCACGACAUUACUUUGUUGUUAAAUUAACACAUUCACUGCCAGGAACCUACCUGGUGGGUGCUCAUGAACUUUGCUCAGUUGCCACCGCUGGGCAGGUUGUUUUAUACACCUAUAGACAACCGGUUUCUGGGGUAUUGCGCCAUUUUUGUCUGGCAGUAAAUGUGUUCUAAUUGUGUAUUAUUUAUGUUCUUAAUAAUCAGGGCAGCAAAUGAUUUGUAAAUAAGGGAAAUAAACAAUGCAACAAGAAACUGGAUUAUGAUUUUAUUUAUCAAUAUUUUCAGUUUAUAAAAUAAGUCACAAUAAUAUGGCUUUAAUAAAAUUAUACAUAGACUAUAUGUGGUAAUCUACUUGUAAAGAUAAUCCUAAUAAAAUAUUGGUAACACUG